GUUGGGAGCUUCACCGGCCGCCCGGACGGGAACAUUUUUCUGCCGCGGAGAGGACCGGAUUCCAGGUCCGUCACUGUUGCUGAGAGCUAUCGGAGUUCUCCAUUGAACUAUCGGGUACCAUAAUGUUUGCAAGAUCUUUUGCUUUCCGGGCAUUUUCGCCGCAGUGUCCUAGGACCUCUAUGACCCCCGGACUGUCUGUGUCAAGCCCAACAUGGAGAUAUUUCACUUCAAGCGCUGUUCGAACGAAGGCCGCAGUUAAAGUCAAGCCACAAUAUAGCCCUCCGCAGUUCAAAGCGUCUCCGCAAACCGAGCAAAGCCUGAAAUUCGCUGGACGACGAGCAGAGGGCUUCGGAAAGUUAGAACGGAAGGUUGCAAAAGAAGGACAGGUAUUACUUUUCCAAGCGCCAUCACAUCGCAGCUAUAUUCUAGGUGCCUACGGAAUUUCAGCAUUUUGCUUCGCUUACUCCGUGUACAACUCUAACGUUGUCUUCCGCGAUCCGAUAAUACCUCUUCCAAUGUGGCAGCAGGCUCUUUUUGGCGGUAUCUGUGUCAUGAUGAGCGUCAUGGGUACCGUGUUCCUCUUCAAAACUGGACGACUGAUCAAAACAGUCAAUGCUGUUCAGUCUAACGGACAGGCAUGUCUCCGCUUCACUGUUCGGAGCUUCAUUCCUUUCAGGAAGCCAUUUGUGUUCGAUGCUUUACCUCAUCAAAUAGCGUUUUCUCGCCGGCUAGUUGUAACGCAUGAUUCUGUGGCCCGCAUGCAGCAUGCAGACGCCGCUCAAAAUGGGAACGUGAGCUUUUUCAAAGCGCCUUUGAAGAAGACAAGCAUGCUCCUUUGGCGACUAUUCCGGUCUGUCCGGCAAUUGUUUACACAAGAAGACUUCAUCCUCUUGGAAGUCGAAGGUCAAAAGGGUGUUAUGAGGAUGGAUUCUGCGGGAUUCGUAUCGCAGGACUUUCUUGUGAUUGGCAACCCGGUCACUUACAGGCGUUAGAUGUUUGGCUGCCCAAUUUGGCCUGCUGUGGGCCAUCUGAUUGUGAUAUUCAUUCUGAAGAUGUCUAAUACGGUUAUUGUUCUUGGUUCCCUUGAUUGGGGCCUUUUUGCAUCCUGUACUUGUGAAGCGUCUCGAUCUGUCCUUGUACAACAGAUUCCCAUGUAUAAAUAAAACCAAUUCUUCUAGAAAUAUCG